AUGACAAGUGGAAAAGGAGCAGCUAAAAUGGAUAAAGAAAGAGUUCCUAAAAGUCAGGUUCAGGGUAUAUGGAGAAGACCCAGCUGUGAUGAUAAGGUAGACAUAUACUUCUAUGAAAACAGCCUGGGAAAAGCCACUAUCAAGAGAACCAUCUCUUCCUUCACCUAUUCUAUCUUCCUCAGGCUGAAGUGGAAAAUUUCAAAACUGGUUCCUUGGCUGAUGCUGGGCUCUCUGCUGCUUUCCUGUGUGGCCACCACCCCCUCAACUAUUAGGAAUCACAUCUGGUUUUAG